AUGGGAAACAAGAAGAAGAAGCAGAAUAGCAAGGGAGCGAAAGCGGCUCGUGCUGCUGUUCGGAAUGCGCUUGCAGCGGCUGCCGAAGAAGCCAAAUCUCGCGAAGUCAAGUUCCAACUGCGAUCGUCGGACAAGGAGAUCUACGAGAUGACCCAGGAGGGUAUGAUGCAGUCGAAGACCUUAGCAGCUGCGCUGGAGAAUUUACGUAUGAAAGAUCUACUUGCCGCUCCAUUUCCUGUGAACAACGUCCCUGGCUCAUGUCUCAGGAAGAUCGUGGAGUGGUGCGAGCAUCACAAAGACGACGGAUCGUACAAGAUGAGAAGGAAUGGCCGGCACAUGAUCAUUCCACCGUGGGACGAAAACUUCUUACAACGUCUCAACAACCAGGAGCUCUUCGACAUCAUUUGCGCAGCCAACUACCUGGACAUCCCGAAGCUCAUGGACUUCUCGUGCAAGACGGUGGCGAAUAUGGCCAAGGGCAAAUCGCCGGAGGAGAUGCGGAUCAUUUUCGGUAUUCCAACCGAUGAAGAGGACGCCGAGGCACUUCUGAAUCUGCCGGGACCGUCGAGCUCAAGUAAUUGA